AGAUGCGCACGCUACUUUAAUUGAAAACACUUUAGAUUAUACACACAAUGGUUCACUGCUGCUGUCUGGAUAUGUUGUACUGAAUGGCUCGGAGUUGGAUACUAUAGCCUCCGAAAAGCACGGACUACACGCGCUCCACUCCUGCUGGACUAUAAACACGCACGGCGGUUUCCAGGGAGACCUAACCUCAACUUUGUGUUUGAGGAGGAUAAUAACUGUGUCAACAUUUACAGAGGGCAGCCGCUCAGUGUCGCGGUGACCAUGCCCGGAAUGAUGGUGUGGUUCAGCGGGGCGGCACUGCUCGCCCUGUCCGGGCUGGUCGGUCCGAUCUGCGUGGUGCAUGCUUUCGGCGAUGAGGUGGAGGAAAUGACCUGCGACCCGAUCCGGAUCAGCAUGUGCCAGGGUCUGGGUUACAACGUCACCAAGAUGCCCAAUCUGGUCGGCAACGUGCUGCAGUCAGACGCCGAGCUGCAGCUGACCACGUUCACACCGCUCAUACAGUACGGCUGCUCCAGUCAACUCAAGUUCUUCCUGUGCUCAGUCUAUGUGCCAAUGUGCACCGACAAAGUUCCCAUCCCCAUUGGCCCGUGUGGCAGCAUGUGUCUGUCCGUCAAGAGAAAGUGCCUCCCGGUGCUCCAUGAAUUUGGCUUCAUAUGGCCUGAGGUGCUCAACUGCAGCCUCUUCCCACCGCAAAACGACCACAACCACAUGUGUAUGGAAGGCCCGGGGGACGAGGACCCGCCCUAUCAGCCCGUCCGCAUCCUCCCCACCAAGGAGGAGUGUCAGGCACUGGGAUCUGCACCUGACCAGUAUACCUGGUUAAAACAGACCGAAACCUGUGCUCUCCAGUGUGGCUACGACAGCGGGCUCUACCGACGAGGGGCCAAAGUCUUCACGGACGCGUGGAUGGCGGUGUGGGCCGUGCUGUGCUUCCUGUCGACCACUCUGACGGUCCUGACCUUCCUGUUGGAUUCACAGCGCUUCUCCUACCCUGAGAGGCCCAUCAUCUUCCUGUCUAUGUGCUGUAAUCUGUACAGCGUGGCCUACCUGGUACGCUUGACUCUGGGAAGGGAGCGCGUUUCCUGUGACCUGGAUACCACCGCUGUACCAAUUCUAGUACAAGAAGGGCUAAAGAGCACCGGUUGUGCCAUAGUCUUCCUCCUGCUCUAUUUCUUUGGCAUGGCUUCCUCACUCUGGUGGGUGAUCCUGACCCUCACUUGGUUCUUGGCUGCUGGACUAAAGUGGGGCCAUGAGGCUAUUGAAAUGCACAGUUCCUACUUCCACAUAGCAGCCUGGGCCAUCCCGGCCGUUAAAACCAUCGUCAUCCUCAUAAUGCGACUGGUGGAUGCGGACGACCUAACUGGACUCUGCUACGUUGGCAACCAGCAGCAGGAGGCACUCACAGGCUUUGUGGUGGCACCACUGGCCACAUAUCUUCUAAUAGGCACUCUGUUCAUCUGCGCUGGCCUAGUGGCUCUUUUCAAGAUCCGCUCCAAUCUGCAGAAGGACGGCGCCAAAACAGACAAGCUGGAGCGUUUAAUGGUGAAGAUCGGAGUGUUUUCUGUUCUCUACACUGUCCCAGCGUCCACCGUCAUUGGCUGUUACCUCUACCAGCUCUCUCACUGGGGGGAGUUCAGGGCCAGCACCCGGGACUCGUAUGUGGCGUCAGAGAUGCUUCGAAUCUUCAUGUCGCUGCUCGUAGGCAUCACGUCGGGCAUGUGGAUCUGGUCAGCGAAAACCCUCCACACCUGGCAGCGCUGCACUGCCCGCCUUCUCAGGGAUAGCAGGGCGAGCCGAGGGGGCAAGAGGGCACCGGGCGAGGGCUGGAUCAAACCGGGGAAAGGCAACGAGACGGUGGUGUGAGGAGAAAGAAAGAGAGGAAGGGACAGGAACGGACCUCGACCUGCUUCUCCGUCACGGACAGAAACUCACUCUGAGAGCGAGUAGCGGGAGCUUCUCAAGGAAGUCACUGGAUGCAAUGGCGUCAUAAAAGCUCACAGAGAGUCUGUAAGCAUGCCUCACCCCCUCAAAUGGCCUCCAACGGGGGUUAUGGAGGAGAAAAGUGAAGGAUUGCGUCGUACAUAAGUAGCAAGAGUAGCCUCUCUACCUCUGUCAGACUGCCUUUGCCCACGGAGAUAAAGAAAGCGAGGAGACAGAGAGACGGAAAAGGCAGAACAGAAGCAUCAAUAUGCAGACCAGACACACCAAUAAGCUGUGUAGCACCACGUCUACCUCUCUGCCUCUCUUUUCUCCAGAACCCUCAGCGGAAGAGACUGAACCUUCUGGAGACAGUGACCCUCACACCGUUUUGUCUUUCGAGGGUCUUUUGAAGUUUUGAAUUUUACACUGGAGUGUCCUGGUGCAGACAUUACACAGAUGUAGGUUGACGUUUCCCAAGAGAAUCUAAAAUAUAGAGUUCCUGUGGGUUUUUUUAUGUCCACACGGGAAAUUUCAAAAUGAAAUACCAGACCAACAGUAAUUCAAAUCUAAUGAAAACAUAUAAAAUAUGGCCUUAAACCUGUGAUGCGUUUACAUUUGAACAACAUUAUAAUACAUUUUUGUAAAUUAUUACCUUUUGUACAAUAUAAGAUACCAGGGGAUUUUAUUGCUCAGAACUUUUUGGGGAAACCAGCUUUAAGCUGUCAUAAUGCACUAUAGCUCUAUACAAUAUGUGAAGUGUCUGUGCUUGUCACAAGUGCAUUACCAGGGACGGCAGUGAUGCAAUAACAAAGUCAUCACCCAGUAUAUUAACAUGCAGAGAACAGUUUGGUCAGUUUCUAUUGUGAAGGCUGCAGAAAAAACAUGUGGUUAAAAAUUCACAAUCACUUUUCUUACAAAUAUUGUGAAGGCAAGAGCAGACGGAGAAACAAAACGAGAGAUUAUUUUUUUAAUGUGUGUUGUACAUUUAGGUAGAGUCUUUGGUAGCUAUAAAGUCAUACCUGCAAUGAAUCCUGGGAGUACCCCAGCUGUGCCUUUUUUAUUGACCCAUAAAUGUGGAAGCGGUAAGGCUUCUGGGAAAUGUAGGCCUGUGUGUUUUACCUCAGUAGUCUAUGAAAAGCUCAGCUAACUUCCAAUGAUGUGUGCCGUCUUCGUGGAAACCCUGUCCUGCACGUGUUCUCCAGUUACCAUGAAAACCAGGAAAUGAAAUGAUUCCCUCUGCCCUCUUUUCCAAACAUCGGAACCGAGACCAGCUGAAGAAUGGGGAGGUUAUUAGACAAUCACUUGCCAAAAGACACAUUAUGCAAUAACAAAGAGCUUCCACCGACACAUGCAUGUGCACAUACACAUAUACGCAGGUAUACACACAUAGGAAUCUCAUCCAGCCGAAGUUAUGAUCAGAAUAAUAACAACCAAUAAUAAGAGACCGUAUCUGCCUAAUCGUGUAUCCUUUCCGUCUGUUUGUAUGCAUCUCUGUUUCUUUUUAAAUCCCUUGCAGUUCAAUAAGGCCAUCACAGAAGCACAAUGAAAUUGGCACUAUUCUAAUAUAUUUAAUUAAAAUAGGUUAUUCCUGGUCUUACUGCUGCAUUCACCGAAUAUCUGCAAUUGCUUCUGUGCACCGUAUAUUUGCCUGACAAUCUAUCGAGCAAAGCUCUUGCGUUUCAGUGAGUCUUUGAAUGUAUAAUACCGUAUGUGGGGCGUGUGUCACGUUACACCUUCUACAUUUAAGUGAAGUCGAGACAAUUUGAGUCUGGGCUGUAUGAAUGUAUAAGGGAUUGAAUAAUUUGAAACCAGAUAGUGCCUCACACAGCCUGCCACAGGUAUUUUUUUAACACAAUGUUUAGAAUGGGACAGAAAAUAACUUUAAAAGCAUGUGCUUCCUUUGUUCCAAAAUAUGCUCACUGUAACAGCACCCUUAUUGCAUUCUUUUAGUGAAACCUAGAACCCUGAAAAUCCAGUGUUUCUCAAAGCACGAUACCAUGGCACUCAAACGUUACAUUGAGGUAAAGUAAAUGAAAUAAGCCCCUGACCACCUCCACCCUCUGAGCUAAUGCUGUUUCCCUCUGAGACUGGCUUAAUGUUUUUGGCUGUCUACUCUGGUAUGACAAUGCUGAGCUUCAGGUGACAUUUCCAAACAAUCACUGAACAGUUGUGCCUUGAAACAUGCUGAGCGUGUGCCCAGCCUAAUGAAGAUUGAGAACCACUGGUAAUACAGAUUUGUAAACGCUUUGUGAGAAGCCCAGAAUAUGCAUCAAUGUUAGGGGUCAGUUAAUCAACGCUGAUCGUAGCCUUUAAGGUCUAGACUGUUCCUUUGUGUAGAAAACGUAUUGUCUUGAUGAUGUCAUCAAUGUAUUAUAAAGAAAUUGCUAAUUUAUCCUUGUAAAAAAAAGUGAAUUUUUUUUUUUACUGUUACUUUACUGUUAUUUAAAAACACUUUUGUAUCAGAAGAAGAUGAUGAAUAAAAACUUUUUGGUUUCCGA